AUGUACCGCUUGGUUCAGCUGACUUUUGUCAAACAUUUGCAUCAAACUGCUGUUGCUACUCAAAUAAACCCUUGGAACUUGGGUUGGGUCGCAGCUAAUGCAAGAUCUUCUUCAACUUACCUCGGAGAUUCGUUAUCCACCAAUAUCGAAACAGUUAAACUUUCUUAUGAUAGACAUCAGCCUGCUACUCCUUCUAACAAAAGCCCGCUUAUCUUCUUGCAUGGGUUAUUUGGUUCAAAAUUAAAUAAUAGAACCGUGGCUAAACAGUUGGUUGAAAUCUUGAAUAGAGAUGUUUACUGUUUGGAUUUAAGAAAUUUCGGUCAAUCCCCCCAUAUAAAUCGUCUUGAUUAUCCUUCUUUGGCAGCAGACGUUGAAAAAUUCAUCGAUGAUGCUGAAUUUGUUGAAAAACCAAUAUUAAUUGGACAUUCUAUGGGAGCCAAAACUGCAAUGGCUCUAGCAUUAAGAAGACCGGAAUUACCUAGAUUCAUAGUAUCGGUUGAUAAUGCUCCAGUUGAUUUAUCAAAUAAUAAUAUUGGAGUUUAUUCCAAAUACGUUAGACAAUUAAUUAAAGCUUUGGAUAAUCAACAAUUCACCAGUAUUAAAGAUGUCGAUCUUGAAUUACUGAAAGUUGAACCAACCAAAGAAAUUAGACAAUUCUUAUUAACUAAUAUCAAUAGAGGCCGUAAAGAUGAAAAAUGCACCCUGAAGAUCCCGCUCAAGCUCAUCGGUGAUUCAAUCACCGCCGGUAAUAUCGCUGCUUGGCCCUACGAUCAUAAUAUCUCAAGAUGGUCAAAAGGACCGGCUUUAUUCAUUAGAGGUACCGAGUCAAAUUACGUCCCCGAUGAAGUGAUCCCAGAUAUCGGUAAUUACUUCCCUUCUUUUGAAUUAAGAGAUGUUAAAGCAGGUCAUUGGCUUAUAAGUGAAAACCCAAAGGAUUUCAUCGAGACUUUGGUGGAUUUUAUUGAAAAACAUGAAGAUAUUUAA